UUUUCCCUCCGAUCUAUUCUUCACCCUUUUUGUGUUAUGUACCAGAUGAAUUUCCAGAUCUCCGAUCAUCGCCAAACGCCAACCGUAUUUUCCAUGAUGUCAUCCUCUCCGAUGUCAAAACGCGUCAAAGGCUCGGCGCUCAAUCGGUCAUCGGCUCAACAACAACAACAACAACAACAACAACAACAGCAGCAGCAGCAGCAGGCAGCUUUAUCUGUGACUGGUCUAACACCCACAUCCGCUUACCCUCUUACUACUCCCGCUGCGCAAACUCCCCCUCUGCCCCAACCUCAUCAUCAACUUCAAUCCCAGCAGGUGAAUGCAAGAAAAAGACGCACACCUCCAUCGGCGACAACAGCAACGGGUAUUCCAGUUAUUCCUGGCUCGGCAGUCGUCGCGCCAGUCAUGUCUGAUAUUCCUGGAGGAUUGGCGGAGCCUCCACCAAAGAAAAAGGGCAGAACUAAUACGCCAUGGACCGCUGAGGAAGAGCAGCGACUGAAACAAUUGCGGGAUUUGGGCAAGAGCUGGAGUGAGAUUGCCAAGACCUUUCCAGCUCGAACAGAAGGAAGCGUGAAGAAACACUGGUACAAAGAUAUGCACUACGCUGAAUUCGGUGAAGACGAAAGCGUGGCGUUGCGUGAAGCGAUCAAGGAAUACGAGGCCAACAAGUGGAAAGUCAUCGGUCAAAAAAUUGGGAAACCGGCAAAGGCAUGCGAACAAUAUGCCAAGGAGCAUUUCAAGAACCUCUGAAUACGACCAAGGGCUUUUUUGCACAUAUCGCCCCAUUGAAUGUGACAACAACAACAACAACAACAACACGCCGAAACACUGUGAAAAUGAGAUGAUUAAUGGACAUACGGACUCUUGGAUAUGACAACUUGAAGUCUAAAUGAGCGCAAGACCUCAAAAAGAGGCGAAAGAGAGAUGAUCAAUUGGGUUUUCUUCAUUGGCGUUGGAGGAUGCGACGAAAUCACGCUUCGGGUCUGGGAUCACGGCGUUUCUUUUGGGAUACUCCGAGUGCGAAUGGAUACCAGGGACUUAUGAUAGUACUAGUACGCGAUGAAUCGUUUAGCGAUCGAUUGCAGAAAUGGAUUUUCAUGACAAC